AUGACUGAGGCUGAUGAGAGCAUGGCCCACAGCCUUGACGAUCGUCAGGCAGUCUGGGAGACGGAUGUGAAGGCUGCGAGGGGCGGGAACUUGUCUAACCAGACAGGACUGCUUCUGAGCGACUCCCUCUUCUCCAAGGAGCUGGAGAGCAUGGGCAAACACCUCGCUGAGGUGGAGAAGGACCUGGCCAAGCUGACCGAAGCUGGGAAGCUGACCAGGAGUCCUAACAGCCCCCACAGCAGCCUGCUCCUGACCCCUCUCUUCCACAGCCCACUGCCCAGCACCCUGCCCAGUCAGCUGGGCCAGUUCUCCAGGCCCCAGUCCCCUGGCCUCUCCUCCAAGCACAGCACCGCAGGCACUCCCCUGCUCAGCUCCAAGCCCACUUCUCUGGCCAUGGGGCGGACACUCUCUCCCAGCAACCCCAGCAGCCGGACCCAGACGCCUCGGACCCCCAGCAGGCCGCUGACUCCCAACAGCCUACUGACACGCUCUGCUGGGACCCCGGGUCACAAGGAGGUGACCUUCAGCAGGAGGUCACGGAGCCGUCCGGUGACGCCCACCAGCCAGCCCACCCGUCCCCGACCCCUGCUCACCCCGCCUGGGCUCAGCACCACUGACAGCCUGGGCAGGACCUCCAGCCUCAGGGCCUACCUGUCAGAGGAUGAGUUCUACCAACAGCUCCAGGCUAUUAGACAACCCUGGCACGUUCCCAGUGACACAGAGAGUGACAUCAUGGAACCCCCAGAACAAGACAAGUGUAGCGGAGUGAGGGAUGCCAACAAGAGAUCAGUCUUUUCAGGCCUAUAGUGAUGAAGACCAGGGACAUUGAUCCAUUUAAACAAUAAUUAUGCAAACCACUGGGCAUUUUGAAUAUGUGUACAGAGACUAUUUUUAUACUUCACGCGAGUAAGAAAAAAUAUUGUAUACUUUUUCCACUGAGAUUUCUUAGACACUGUAGUCCUUAAAACCUGUAAAAGAUUGUGAAAUAUUACUUUAGAGAAUGUACUAGAAGUUCCAAUGAAUUUUGUCUGCUUUUUAAGCAUGCCUAUCUAAAUUCCUUUGGGGACUGAGAAAAAAUGCAUUUUGUUGUUGCCAAACUUUUUUAUUAAGAGUUAAGCAUAUUGACUUUGUAGUAAAUGUAAACCUAGAAACAAUUUAUUGAUAAGCACUUACUUGAAGUUGUGUUGUGUGUGUAGAGUGAACAUUCAGUAACACAAGCUGAAUGCUGAAGUUCCACUAGAUUUGAAUGCAAUUUAUAUUGAUUUAUCUUAUUACAAUUGUUAAUCACUCAACUUGAUUUUACAUGACACAUGAUGUUAUAUUAUCCGGAUAUAAUCCUGGUGUGAAAAUCCUGUUCAUGUCAUGAACAUGUCACUUUUAUACACAAGGUAUGACUUUUGUAUUACUGUUGAAAUUCCAAAACGAUGAGCCUGUAAAUUGAAAACACAAAGGAUUGUGUCUUUUUAUGGACAAAAUAAUUUACAAGAAACAUUCAAAAAAUUUACAUUGUUUUUUUUUUUAAACGAUUCAAGAAGUCAUAACAGCAUCAGUUUUGAUCAUCUGUCUAAGUCCUAUAACCUGUGCAUGCCUUGAGCUUCAAACACUGGUUGUGCUGAUGAGCUAUAAAAAAAGUUCUGACCACAGGUAUAUUUCGAAGUAUUCAGAGAGUUUUCCUGGGCAUGUGUUACUCAAACUGUGGCUGCCUGAGCCUAGUUGAGGAGACGUCAAUAGAAGAUUAAAUUUUCCAUGUGCACACACACACACACACACAGACACACACGUCUACACAGUACACACAAAUACCAGCUUACACACCCUAACCCAACACCCGCCCAAAUCGAGCCGUGCCAUCAUGGGCCAAAAUUUAAGCCAGCAUUUUCUUUUCUUUUCAUUUCUUUUUUUUUUUUUCAUUUAGCUCCAAACUGGAUGUGAUCUGAAAGCUUAGAGGCCCCAGUCUGGCCUCAACAUGCAGGGUGA